AUGGUAAGAUAUAUUAAACUGCCAACAAGUGUCCGAUACAAGGUGGGAUCAGACAAAGGAACACCAUCUGAAGAGGAGGCGAGAGGCGCGAUUUCCGGCUUCCUUGGCGAUUUCUUUGCUGAUAGCUGGAGAGCAUGGCUUGUAAACAGUCGUGGAAUUGCUAAAAAGGUGAAGAAUGCAACCCUCUAUUCAAACUAUCAAAUCAGAGAACUUGGAACGGAAGCAAAUCGUGAAUGUCCGAAUUGCAAGUAUGUUAUUGAUAAUAGUGAUGUUUCUUUGGAUUGGCCUGGCCUUCCUGCCGGUGUAAAGUUUGACCCCACUGAUGUAGAACUUCUAGAGCAUCUUGCAGGAAAAGCUGGAGUGGGGAAGUCCAAGGCCCAUAUUUUCAUAGAUGAAUUCAUACCAACACUUGAUGGGGAGCAUGGAAUUUGCUAUACACAUCCUGAGAAUCUUCCUGGUGUCAAAAAAGAUGGAAGUGGUGCUCAUUUCUUUUACAGAACAUCAAAUGCAUAUGCAACUGGAUGUAAGAAGCGCAGGAAGAUACGGAGUGAAUACAGUGAGUCUGAAGAACGUGUUAGGUGGCACAAAACUGGUAAAACCAAACCUGUGGUAGAGAAUGGUUUUCAGAAGGGCUGGAAGAAGAUAAUGGUUCUAUACAAAAGUUUUGGGAAGGGCUGCAAACCAGAUAAGGCUAAUUGGGUGAUGCAUCAGUACCAUCUUGGGACAGAUGAAGAAGAAAAAGAUGGCGAGUUCGUUGUGUCAAAGGUUUUCUACCAGCAGCAUACGAAGCAAGUUGAUAGGGCUGAUACUGAAACAUUACUGAAUGAAUUAGUUAGUUCAAAUAUAAAGUGCGGUCCAAGAACACCAAAAACAGUUGCACCAGAGCCGCCUCGGGCCAAAAUGAAUUCUUUAAGCUAG